AUGAGGCUUUUUCUUUAUUACCUGAUAGUGAUGGGGUCCAGUUAUGUGAUUUCAACAUAUGGACCCCACCAGAGAGCGCAAAUGACUGGAGACAUUUUACUUGGAGGACUUUUCCCCAUACACUUUGGUGUCGCAUCCAAAGACCAAGACCUGGCAGCUCGACCACAAUCUACACAAUGUGUUAGGUUCAAUUUCAGAGGUUUCCGUUGGAUGCAGGCAAUGAUAUUUGCCAUUGAAGAGAUUAACAACAGCAGUGAUUUAUUGCAAAACAUCACCCUGGGCUACAGGAUCUUUGAUACAUGCAACACUGUGUCCAAAGCCUUGGAGGCAACUCUCAGUUUUGUGGCUCAAAACAAGAUUGAUUCCCUAAAUUUAGAUGAGUUUUGCAACUGCACUGAUCAUAUCCCAUCAACCAUUGCAGUUGUUGGGGCUGCUGGAUCUGCGGUCUCCACAGCAGUUGCAAACCUCCUAGGACUCUUUUAUAUCCCACAGAUCAGCUAUGCUUCUUCCAGUCGACUCCUGAGCAACAAGAACCAGUAUAAAUCUUUCAUGAGAACCAUUCCAACAGAUGAAUACCAGGCCACAGCCAUGGCAGACAUCAUAGAGCACUUCCAGUGGAACUGGGUGAUUGCUGUUGCUUCGGAUGAUGACUACGGGCGGCCAGGAAUUGAAAAGUUUGAAAAGGAAAUAGAAGAGAGGGACAUUUGCAUUCACCUGAAUGAACUUAUUUCACAGUACUUUGAAUAUCACGAGAUCCGAGCUCUGGCGGACAGGAUUGAAAACUCCACAGCUAAAGUAAUUGUUGUUUUUGCUGGCGGCCCAGACAUUGAGCCUUUAAUCAAAGAGAUGGUCAGGAGAAACAUCACAGAUCGCACCUGGCUAGCCAGUGAAGCAUGGGCAAGCUCCUCUCUUAUUGCUAAACCCGAAUAUCUAGAUGUUGUAGGAGGAACAAUUGGUUUUGCUUUAAGAGCUGGACAUAUACCUGGCUUUAGAGAGUUCUUACAGCGGGUCCAGCCUAAGAAAGACAGUCAUAAUGAAUUUGUCCGAGAAUUUUGGGAGGAAACCUUUAACUGUUACCUGGAAGAUAGUCCAAGAGUUCAGGAAAGUGAGAAUGGCAGCACUAGUUUCAGACCUUUGUGCACUGGUGAGGAAGAUAUCACAAGUGUUGAGACCCCAUAUUUGGACUACACACACCUUCGCAUUUCCUAUAAUGCAUAUGUAGCAGUUUAUUCCAUUGCACAUGCCUUACAGGACAUAUUUACUUGCACACCUGGACAUGGACUUUUUGCCAACAAUUCAUGUGCAGACAUAAAGAAAAUUGAAGCAUGGCAGGUAUUGAAGCAGCUCAGACAUCUGAACUACACAAACAGCAUGGGUGAAAAAAUCCACUUUGAUGAAAAUGCAGACCUGGUAGCAAACUAUACCAUUAUAAACUGGCAGAGAUCUGCUGAAGAUGGCUCAGUAAUGUUCGAGGAAGUUGGAUACUACAAUAUCCAUGCGAAGAAAGGAGCCAAACUGUCAAUUGACAAAACAAGGAUUCUUUGGAAUGGAUACAGCUUAGAGGUGCCAUUCUCAAACUGCAGUGAGGACUGUGAGCCUGGCACAAGAAAGGGAAUCAUUGACAGCAUGCCUACAUGCUGCUUUGAAUGCACUGAGUGUUCAGACGGAGAGUUCAGUAAUCACAGAGAUGCCAGUGUCUGCACCAAAUGCCCAAACAAUUCCUGGUCCAAUGGGAACCAUACUUUCUGUUUCCUGAAAGAAAUAGAGUAUCUCUCUUGGACAGAACCUUUUGGGAUAGCUUUAGCCAUAUGUGCUGUGGUUGGCAUCAUCCUGACAGCCUUUGUGAUGGGAGUCUUUAUCAGAUUUCGCAAUACCCCGAUAGUAAAGGCCACCAACCGUGAACUAUCCUACGUUCUCCUGUUUUCACUUAUCUGCUGCUUCUCCAGCUCUUUAGUUUUCAUCGGUGAACCACAGGAUUGGACAUGUCGCUUACGGCAACCAGCCUUCGGGAUUAGCUUUGUUCUCUGCAUCUCCUGCAUUCUUGUGAAAACUAACCGAGUGCUUUUGGUAUUUGAGGCAAAAAUCCCCACAAGUCUCCAUCGUAAAUGGUGGGGACUGAAUCUACAGUUUCUUUUGGUGUUUUUGUGCACAUUUGUCCAAGUGAUGAUUUGCGUUGUCUGGCUUUACAAUGCCCCCCCUUCGAGCUACAGGAACCAUGACAUUGAUGAAAUUAUUUUCAUCACAUGCAAUGAAGGUUCAGUGAUGGCUCUAGGGUUUCUCAUUGGCUACACAUGUCUCUUGGCAGCCAUUUGUUUCUUUUUUGCAUUUAAAUCCAGGAAACUUCCAGAAAAUUUUACAGAAGCCAAGUUCAUUACCUUUAGCAUGCUCAUAUUCUUCAUCGUUUGGAUUUCUUUUAUCCCUGCCUACUUUAGUACCUACGGCAAAUUUGUGUCUGCCGUGGAGGUUAUUGCUAUUCUAGCAUCCAGCUUUGGGCUGCUGGCUUGCAUUUUCUUUAACAAGGUGUACAUCAUUCUCUUCAAACCAUCCAGGAACACCAUAGAGGAGGUACGAUGCAGCACUGCGGCACAUGCCUUUAAGGUGGCUGCCAAAGCCACGCUAAAACAAAGCACGGCUUCAAGGAAGAAGUCGGGCAGCAUUGGUGGAUCAUCUGCCUCAACUCCAUCCUCAUCCAUCAGUCUGAAGACCAACGGAAAUGACUGUGACACAACUUCAGGGAAACAUAGACCGAGGGUGAGCUUUGGCAGUGGAACAGUUACUCUGUCCUUGAGUUUUGAAGAGUCAAGAAGGAGUUCUCUUAUGUAA